AUGAGAAAGUGGGGUUCACCCAUCCUGGGCCCCUCCCGGCAGGACACCACCCCCGACGAGCUCCUGUCGGCCGUGAUGACCGCCGUGCUGCAGGACGUGAACCUGAGGCCGGAGCAGCUGGGGGACAUCUCCGUGGGCAACGUGCUUCAGCCUGGAGCCGGGGCAGUGAUGGCCAGGAUUGCGCAGUUUCUGAGUGGCAUCCCGGAGACCGUACCUCUAUCCACCGUCAACCGACAGUGCUCUUCCGGCCUGCAGGCACUGGCUAACAUUGCAGGUGGCAUCAGAAAUGGGUCUUUUGACAUUGGCAUGGCCUGUGGGGUGGAGUCCAUGUCCAUGGCCGAGAGAGGGAAUCCUGGCAACAUCAGCUCCCGCCUGGUGGACAAUAAGAAGGCCAGAGACUGCCUGAUCCCCAUGGGAAUCACUUCGGAGAACGUGGCUGAGCGGUUUGGCAUCUCCAGGGAGCAGCAGGACGCCUUCGCACUGGCCUCCCAGCAGAAGGCAGCCCGAGCUCAGAGCCAGGGCUGCUUCCGUGCCGAGAUCGUGCCCGUGACCACCACCGUCCUGGAUGCCAAGGGCGACCCCCAAACCCUCACCGUGUCUCAGGACGAGGGCAUCCGUCCCAGUACCACACUGGAGGGUCUGGCCAAGCUGAAGCCCGCCUUCAAAGAUGGUGGUUCCACCACAGCUGGAAACUCAAGCCAGGUGAGCGACGGGGCGGCGGCGGUGCUGAUGGCGCGGAGAUCCACAGCAGAGGAGCUGGGCCUGCCCAUCCUCGGCGUGCUGAGAUCAUUCGCGGUGGUCGGGGUCCCCCCUGACAUCAUGGGCGUGGGGCCCGCCUACGCCAUCCCUGUGGCUCUGCAGAAAGCAGGGCUGACGGUGAAUGACGUGGACAUCUUUGAGAUCAACGAGGCCUUUGCCAGCCAGGUGAGCCUGUGUCCCUUGU